AUGGAAGAAUUUUCAUUUCCCUUCGAGCCAUAUGAUAUUCAAUUGCGGCUAAUGCGAGAAAUUCGAAAAUGUUUGGAGGAGAAAAAUAUUGGAAUUUUCGAAUCGCCAACUGGCACCGGAAAAUCAUUGAGUGUUCUGUGCUCAACUAUGACGUGGCUAGAAGAUCAAGAAAAAACGGAGAAAUUGGCGACUGAACGGAAAAUCGAGGAGAAUAACAGGAAGUUGAAAAAAUUGGAAGAUUCUGAUGAUUGGGUUGAAGCUCAUCGAAAAAAAAUGGAAAUUAAUCGAGAGCAGGAUGAUCUUCUAGCGAAAAUGCAGAAAAUCAGGAAGCUUUCGGAGCGAAUUGAAAAGGCGAAAACGGGAGAAAUUGAUGCGAAAUCAAGGAAAAGAAAGACGAAACCUGAAUUAGAAGAGGAUCUGAAGGACUUGUUGAAAGUUGAAGAAGUUGAUGAAUUAGCUCCUGAUGAAAAUUAUGAUUCUGAUUCAGAACUUCCAUCGACAUCUCAAGAAGAAAAUGAACCAGAGGCCAAAUGUAUCAAAAUAUAUUACGCUUCUCGAACACACUCACAACUCGAACAAUUGAUUGAAGAGCUCGAAAAAACCCGCUUCCGCCCAAGAAUCGUAACAUGUGCGGCGAGAGGAACUCUCUGUGUUAAUCAAGAUGUUCAAAAAUUAAAAUUGAAUCAUUUGAUCAAUGAAAAAUGUAUGGAAUUGCGGAAAAAUUCGGGAGGAGGAGGUGAGAAGAAAGCAAAAGAAACUGAAGAAAAAUCGAGAAAGAGCAAGAAGAAAUGCGCAAAUUCCUGUCAAUUUUACAAUGCUCCGCAAAUCGAAGAAAUUGUCAAUGGCAUUCUUGCAGAUAAAUUGAGGAAAACUGGCGAAGUCACAAAUUAUGGCGCGAGAAAUCAAGGAUGUCCAUAUUUCGCUACCAGAAAAGCGAUUCCAACCUGUCAAAUAAUUUUGCUACCAUAUCAGGUGCUUUUGCAUAACUCAGCUCGUGAAGCUUGGGGAAUUGAGCUCAAGGAGAAUGUUGUGAUUUUGGAUGAGGCGCAUAAUGUUUUGAAUACAAUUGGGAGUCUGUAUUCUGCUGAAAUUUCAGUCAAAUCACUUGUUGUUGCGUUGAAAUUGAUUAGGGAAUAUAUUGAGACUUAUAAGUAAGGUUUUUUUAUUUAGGAACGAAAAUUAUUUUAAAAAUCUCUGUUUCAGACUUCGACUGAAAUCGAAAAACCUCCUCUACAUGCGUCAAUUAUUAAACCUCACUCAAUCAAUGUUAAAUUUCCUGAAUUGCCCAAAUAAUUUAGAUCAAGUUCUGAAAAUCUCCGAAUUUGCUGCGAAACUCAAUAUUGCUCAGAUUAACCUAUUCAAACUCGCUGCAUACAUUGAGAAAAGCGAUUUGUGUAAAAAAUUCCAUGGAUUUUAUCAGCGACAAAAGAAGAUGGAGAUUAUUAUGAGCAAAAAGGAAAAUGAUAAACCAUUGACUGGAAUCGCGAAAUUAAUGGCGGGAAAGAAAAAGGGAGAAGAAGAAGAAGACAAAAAAGAGGAAGAAGAGGUUACGGUACCUACAGUACCCUCCCCCACUUUUUUCGAUCAAAAGUUUCAUCGAUUCUUUGAAUAA